UGCUAUCACAAGACUGGUUUAGUUGUCAUCGUAUAUUCUUAACGAACAGACGUUCGUUAUUCGGUUGUGAAGUUUUAAAAUGUUUUACGUGUUCCUAACUUUGGUAUUUGUUUUAUUUACUGUCAUAUCUUUUAUGAAAAAGGAUAAAAGUGAAAAGGAGGCCAUGGGCAGCUGGCUGAGCUACUUCUGGUGGGGCGGCGACCCGGACGAGGUGAGCCCGGUGUCUGGUCUCACCCGGCGCGAGGUCAACGCUGUACAGAAGUCCUGGGCACCAGUCUACGCUAACUCCGUCGCUAAUGGUGCUGAACUACUCCGAAGAUUUUUCACCACUUACCCAGAAUCGAAGGAAUUCUUUAAAAUGAUAAAGAACUUACCUGAGGAAGAAUACUUAUCGAACAUGCAGUUCAAGGCUCACGUCAUCAACCUGAUGACGUCACUGAACUUGGCCGUGGAGAACCUCAACCAGCCGGAGGUGGUCGCAGCCAUGAUGAAUAAACUCGGGGCGUCGCACGCCAGAAGAAAGAUUCAAGAAAAGAACUUUGAUCAACUGAAAGACGUAAUCGUGAAGAUGUUCAUCGAAGUUCUGAAACUCGACGACGCGACGCUCGGCGCCUGGGGCAAGACCGUCACCUUCUGGUACAAACACAUAUUCGAGACCCUCAAUACGCCGGAAGAGGCCAGAUAACAUACACAUUGUGAACCACUUACAGUAUAAACUGUAGUUUAGUACAAUGGCAUACAUACUGUGGAAGGCAAACCCAAAUUGACUUUGUGAUGAUAGGGAAAUGGCUCAGAUGGACCGCUACAGAUUCUUUAUAGUAGAUAUUUCUUAAUCAAUAAUAGAGAAGGUUGGAAACUGAUCGGACAAUUGCAGCUGAACGAACAUACGGACUUAUUUAAGGACGAUUCCAAUUACAAACGCCCCUUUCGGUGACAUGUUUUAUUGCGCUUAAAACGCAGAAAUAAAUAGACGAUUUUGAAAAGUAGCUUCUCCGGCAAAUUUCGUUCAAACAACAGGAAUGCAAAAAAAAAAACAUUCAGUGUCGGUCUAAUCCUUUAGGAGUUCAGUGACCACGUACAGUAGAAUCAAACUAAUAUGACAAAUGCGAAAGUAUGUGACCUCACGCUUAAACGGCUGGACUUCAAUUUCGAUAAAAAGUUAUGGUGGUAACCGAAUCCUUGGAUUAAUAUAAUUAAUCUGCGUUAAAGGAGUUUUUGUAGCAUCAAAUGUCGUCCUUGAAGGUGGUUGUAGACACAUACCGAGUGUUGGAUAUCAAUAUUUCAUUUUAUUGCCUGCCGUUUACAAAAAUAGCAAAUGCAAACUAACUUGUAAGGCAAAUCAAUCUCGCUUUACAUUUUUCUUUCCUUGUAAGGGUUAUGAAUUAGUUACUCAAAGAGUUUGCUUUUCACCGUAUAAAAGCAAUCUGAAUAAUUCAUAUUGCAUAAUUUAUGUUCGCUAUCGCUCUGUCGAACAAGAAUCGAUUUAUUGCCUCCAUAAUUGAGAUUGUUUUUAACAUAAAAUUGAUAUUUUUCCA